AUGGACAGAUUCUUUUACGCUCUUGGAUAUUUCGAUAAGAAGAGCCAAUCUUGCCGUAGGCACAAGCUCUUCAGGUUUACAAAUCGUUACCACCAAGCUGAUCCCGAAAAGCAUUUUUUUUGGUAUGAGAUUUAUGAUUUUACUGCUAAAAGGAACGACGAGAAUUUUCAAGAAGUCUUGGUCGAUUGCAUAAUCUGUUUCGAUUUUACGAGUGAGAGUUUUGGCCCGCUCAUGCCUCUGCCCGUUACUGGUGGGCGUUAUGACUAUACCAGUUUAUCUCGUGUUAGAGAAGAGAAGUUUGCGGUUUUACUUCAGCAACGUGAUUCAAUGCUACUUGAUUUAUGGAUUUCUACUAAGAUUGAGACUGAAGAGGUGCUGUGGAGCAAGUUCUUGAGAGUCGAAACUGCUGGAUUUAAUAUUCCAUUUAUAAGUGGAAGCUUCUUCAUUGACGAGGAGAAGAAACUCGCCUUUGGUUCUCUUGUAGAUAAGCGCCACAAGGUUAUUGUCAUUGGAGAGGCUAAUUACCGUAGGGUAUUGAAUUUCGGGCGAGAGUUUGGUGACGAAGAUGGUUGGCUGGAUUUGUGUUCUUAUGUUCCAAGUUCAGUGCAAAUCAAUCAACCUGCAGAACGGGAAGGGAAAAUACAAAGCGAUUUGGAAAAGCGUCGAUAUGAUGAAAACAUGUCGAGACUUGUCUCACUUGGAUUUUAUGACCAAUAUAAUUUAUGCCGGAGGAAGGAGGCAAAAGGAGAAAACGAGAUAUUAUGA